CUUGGUCUCUCUACAGCUCUUUGCACUGGGUAACUGGUGCAUCCUUAUGGUACAGGAUGAACGCCUAGAGGGAAAUGCACACUUCAGCAUGGAGUCUUUGGGUUGUAUGGUGCCGCCCCAAAGCUUAUAAGUGCGAGACGUAGCCAACGUGAGGCGUACGGGACCGAACAAAAGGUUAACAUUGUCAGAGCCCUAACCCACACGAGUCCUCGUGGUGAGGCGACCUUUCUUCCAGAUUAGUCGACCACAGAAAGCCCGUUGAGACAGCACUGGGACGCCUCGCAUAUCGUCAUGACGGAUGAGAUAUACAGGGAGAGGGUUCCGGUGAACACGGGCUUCACCCCGACCUUUUCCUCGAUACCAGAACACAACGACCAUGAAGUGACGGGCCCGCCGCUGCUCGUGGGAGAGAAUGUCGCGCAAGAUGAUGGAGGCGCGGCCGUAUCAAGACCAUAUCUGGCUGCCGAAAGAAUGCCCGAGCAUACUGAAGGGGCAAGGGACAGGGAGCGCCGGCCAUCCAACGAGUUCACACCACGAGACGCGAACUGUGUCCCAACACCACGAGACGUCGGCCACAUUCAGACAAUAAGCACGAACAGUCUCAGUCCACUGGACAGAAUUAUCAAUCUUCGUACGUGGCCGCCUGCCGAGGACCCCCCUGCGUAUGACAGGUACCAGGCAGGGAGCGCGAGCCACGUAACGCUACAUGAGCAUGUAGAGUACGCGCCAUCGCUACGCUGUACGGUGGAAAACACGGAGGACUACUCGAACCGGAGGGAGUUCAUCCAGGCGCGCGCGGCGGGGACGCUCAUUGCGCUGGCCGCAGAACGGACCAAGAAGCAUCGAAGGGAGAAGAGGUUGCACCCGUGGCGCUCGUCAUGGUGCUGGGCCAAGGACACGGCUACAAACUUGAUGAGGAGAUUUGGAUUGGGCAAAGCCAAGAACACUUUUCCUGGAUAUACGUCUGACGUCUCCUCUUGGUUUUGAUGGCAUGAGAACUAUGGCUGCUUUGCUGGUUUCUUUCAAGGCCUCCGAUCUGGGGGGCCUAGGCAUAAGCAUUUCUAUCAGCACGU